AUGGUAGCAGUGUCCGGUACAAGCUGUUACCUUUCCACCACAUCGCUUUUAAAUGUAAGCAGCAGUGAUGAAAAGUGCAAUAAAAAAUGCGAUGGGGAUGGAUCUGAACAGUGUGCUGGAGGAAGAUAUGCUCGCGUGUUCAUUUAUGAGCAAGUAGAAAUUGAUCCAAACGCUUGUGACGAUCAUAAGUUAUGCAGCGCUGAUCUAUCACAAGGUAUCUGUGUGGAUAUGGCAGCCGAUCAAGGGAACUAUCUCUGCAAAUGUGAUCCAAUGUUUACAGGAACGAACUGCGAAACGCCUGUAUCUGGCCCUUGUAAUGUCAACCCUUGCAAAAAUGGAGGAGUAUGUAUACCUGACACUGUCUUGAACACAUAUACUUGUCAAUGCGCAGAGGGUUACUGCGGCAAAACCUGCCAAUAUGCAUUCCAAUGUAGCAGCAAUCCCUGCUUACAUGGCGGAACAUGCGUUGAAAACUACGAUGGCACUCGCAGAUGUGAAUGUCUCGACUUCUAUAGCGGGACCAAUUGCGAAGAUGUUAACACAUGUGCUUACAAUAACAAAUGCGUGAAUGGUACUUGUGAUUCUAUAGUGAAUGGUGUUGUACCCGGCAGCAUCUGCACUUGCAAUCCGGGAUACACUGGAGAAUAUUGUCAAGAAAGUGAGUACAGUAGGAAGUGA